AUGCAGCAGCCACAUACUCCAGAGAUGCAAACUGCAAGGGCCGACACGUCUUCUUUGACCACGCUUCCCAGCUCCCCGCCGACGGGUAACUCUGGACGCCCUUAUGCUACACCGCACAGCGCAGCGCAAGAUAAAGCAAUGAACGACCUCGACCCAGACUCGGACUCCGAUGAUCCCAAGUCUAGUAAAGAGCAAACGUGCCCGGGCUGUGACAACACGUACUUGAAUGCAGCUGCACUAAAUGGGCACCUAGCAGACAGGAGGUCGCUUUGCGGAAGAAAUCUCCACGAAGCUUCAAUCUUCAAGAAGGUCUGGUGUUGUCCACGAUGCGGUGUACAGAUGGGCAAGAAGUACUCUACAGAGCGCCACAUCAAAGACUCUUGCUGGAAAGUUUGCAACGAGUGCUGCGAAUCUGGGAAAGCUACAUGUGACGCCAUCCAUAGCAACAAACCAUGCACACACUGUACUGAUGAGGGUAAGCCCUGCACCAAGCGCACUGGACUGCUGGAAAACUGCGAACCAGAGAUGAACAUGAUUCCUAUCGAACAUGCACUGCACAUCGCCCCAAAGUCGACCAAGAAUGGAGCCAUACCCGGUGGUAGACGCUUGCAUGGUAAGCGAAAAGCCGUCACAUCGCCAGAGCCCACCUCGGAUGUCACGCAUGAGACCAAACGCCCAGCAGUCUUGAAGAAGAAAGGGAACACUACGCCAUCCCGUUCGCCUCUUCCUUCAACACCAAAGCUGUCUCCGGACAUUGCAGGGGCCACGCAAGAGCAGGCGCGUCUAUGGCGGGAUGAUCAAGGUUCGCUCCCUAAGGAUGAUCAAGGUGCGCUCCCUAAGCAUGAUCAAGGUGCGCUCCCUAAGCAUGAUCAAGAACCUCAGCCUGACAGAGUCGGUCUUCCAGGCCCGCGCAGCACCUUCACUCCAACCCUAAUUCAAGAGCUGGAAGCCCAGCGUCUGCAGUUACAGCAAGCUCAACGGUUCCCAACCGGAAAGAAUGGUGCACAGCAGCUGAAUUCGAACUACCCACACAUGCAGCUCAUACAGCAAAGCCAGGGUUCAGCAGUCCCAUCUGGAUAUCAGUACCAAACUCAACCUUGGUCAUAUCAGCCAGGCGGCGGCGUCCCAAGUAACGACCUCCCAAUGCGCAAUCUUGCUGCCAACAUGCCGCUGGAUGAUGACACGGCCCACAAGCAACUGAGUGCCACUGUUCAUAAGCUCCAACAUGAGAUGCAACGUUUGAAAGGCUUCGAGGGUCAUAUUCCUGCUGCCAUGAGAGCAAAACCUCCGGUUCCAAACAACAUCCAGCCAUCAAUGAGCAACUUGAACACCUUUGAUCCCGAAUUCAACUACGCACCUGGUACUAUGUCGGGCGUUGAGCGUUUCCGUCGUGCACAGAAUCAAGACAUAGAUGGCUUUCCUGCUGCUGUCAAUAGUGCUCCUGGAUCACAUAUGCCUUCGCGCCAGUCUUCGCCUUUUCCCCUACAUCAUCGACGUCGCUUGUCAACUCACAGGAUGUCUUCCUUACAGCAACAGGAACUGGGUGCACUGUCCAACAUCGUGGCGAAGGAAUCCAUUGUGCGAAAUUCUACCAAGCCGAUUGCCAUGCAACGCUCCACCACUCCGACCCCGGACAAGAAAGCACCCUACAUGAGGCUCAAGAUUCACAGCAACACGUACGAUAUCAACGGUAACCCCAUCUUCUCGAUCCUCACAAUGCGUGCUUCGCAGAAGUUUGGCCCUCGUCUCGAUGCCUACUGUCAACACCGUAAGAAGCAGUAUGGCGUAGAUUGGGAUUUCUUCUACCAGUACUGGAGACAUGAUCAAGGUAUACGGUUCAUCAAAAUCGAGUACGACAUGGCCCCCGUAGAUGUGUACGACAAGGAAUUCCCCCUUCUCAGGCUGCAAGACAUGGGCACGAUCAUGGUUGCAAGGGCCAAGCCGCGUGUCCUGACGGGUGUCCAGAACGAUGGAACAAACAUGUUUUCGCCAAUGGACUCGCAAGUUUCGGAGGAAAUCGUCGACAUCACAGACGGCGAGACCCAGAUCUACCAAGACGCCGGUACAAUCACGCAGUGGCACCGUGACGUGGAGAGCAAGAUGACCGAGCUAAGCAUGCAGGUCAACAACCUCAACGCCGAGUUGGCAACUCAAAAGAGGGCGACGGAGCAGCAGACAUGCAUCGCCAAACAGUUGGAACUUGAAAACAGAGACUUGACAAGGAACAACCACAUGCUCAACGGCUUGCUCGGCGCUGGCGGUCGACCUCCCAUGCCGAAAGUCGCGAACCAGCAGCCCGUCCCUACUCAACGUUACCACACCCGACGCCCUUCAAUCUCAGCCCCUCCGUACCAAACCUCGUUUGCUUCGCAUCAGAUCAACCCCCAUAUGAUGCACAACUUACCGUCGCAACCGUCGCAACCGUACUUGCAACCCAGCCCCUUCUAUCCCGGCCAGUUCACCGCCAUCAACAGCAAUGAUUACAACAGCAACAACAACGUUGCCGAUGCGCGCGACCGCCUUCCCAGUCAUAGCGCCGGUCCGACCGAGCCCUUCCCCGACUACGACGAAAGCAAGGUCACAGACGAUGCGCUGAGGCUGCUGAUCGGCAGGACCCCCGGACCUGAGCUGGAUAAUCUUAACAUGAAGCAGAUCUUGGAGCAGCAUGGGGUUGGCCCGUUGAGUGCCAGGGCCACGAUGUUCGCAGAGCAGAUGGGUUGGACUAGGCCUAAGGUUAAGGUUGAGAAGGAUGACGGUGAGGAAGACGAAGACGAUGAGGAGGGAGAUGAGGAAGGCGACGAGGAGGAAGACGGUGAGGAAGAUGGAGAGAUUGCGGAGUAG